UAGUUUCACACGCAUUCAUCAUAACGUCAAUAAUUGUUUCAACUUAACGAUGUAAAAUUAUCAUUACGGUUUGCAAACGUGAACUGAGCAAGCAGCUUUUUUUCAGUCUCGGAAGGGUUUUGCUAGUCUGGAAAUGUCUAAACACGUCAACAAGCCAAUCAAAUGUCGAGCGGCAGUACUUUGGAAAGUAAACACUCCCUACCGCAUCGAAGAAGUUGAAGUAGCUGUUCCAAAAAAGGGAGAAGUAAGAGUAAAGAUGACUUCCACCGGGCUUUGUCACACAGAUUUGCAUGUUCAAGAAGGAAUGGACAAGAACUUGUCAUUCCCUUCUGUUAUAGGACACGAAGGAGCCGGUAUCGUAGAAAGCGUUGGAGACGGUGUGACGUCUGUUGUCCCUGGAGACACAGUGGUCUUAGUAUUUGAAAGUUAUUGUGGAGAAUGCGAUUUUUGUAAGACUCCCAAGUCCAACAUGUGCAUGAAACAACCGAGAAAUGGAUUCCAAAUGGAUGGAACCAGUCGCAUCACUUGCAAGGGAAGGAGUAUCAGUCAAAUGUUUGCUAUAAGUACUUUCUCGGAGUAUACUGUGACAUCGGAGAAUAACGUCGCAAAGGUGAACCCUAAAGCAAAUCCGUCAACUUUAGGACUGGCCGGCUGCUGCAUUCCUACGGGCUACGGGGCAGUUGUGAAGACUGCAAAGGUUACCAAAGGCGCCACUGCCGCUGUUUGGGGCUUAGGAGGUGUUGGCAUGUGCGUUCUCAUGGGGCUUAGGGAUUGUGGAGCCUCUAAGAUUAUCGGAAUCGACACCAACCCUAAGAAGUUUCCUUUAGGUAUGAAUUUGGCGGCUACAGAUUUUCUGAAUCCAAAUGAAGUGGAAGAUGUCCCGAAAAAAUUAUCAGAGAUGACUAACGGUGGAGUCGAAUUUUGCUUCGCAUCCGUGGGACUCAUAUCUGCAAUGGAGGAAGCUUUCAACUCCAGCCAUCCAUAUUGGGGCAAAACUGUCAUCAUCGGACUAGCUAAUUAUGGAGAAGUUAUGAAAGCCGGCAUUUUUGAGUUGGUGUUCGGAAGACAGCUAUGUGGCACUUAUUACGGAUCAUAUAAAGCGAAAAUAGAAAUUCCUUCUUUAGUAGAGAAAGUUGUAGCAGGACAAAUCCAGCUGGAAAAGCUGAUCAGUCACCGUUUACCUUUGGACAAGAUUAACAAAGGAUUUGAAAUGCUGAAAACAGGAGAGUCGUUAAGAUCCAUCAUUGAUUUCAACCUUAAGUGACAAGAAAAAGUUCUUCAAGCUUGAAAAAACAAAAAGAGAAACUAAACUUCUUUUUGCAAAAUACAACAAUUGAAACAGAUAUUUUAACUUGUAAAGCUUGGUACAAUUUGGAAUUUCUCAGAUAUCAAUAAAAUAUAUU